GGUUGCAGCAGUAGUAGGCCGAGCGGCCGGUCUGUCCAGGCUAUCAUGGAUGACAGCUCCUCUCUGGGCAGAGUGAGCGGCUCCACCGAAUCAGUGUCCACCGUCACCAGCGAGGAGUUUGUGCUUGUGCCGCCCAGUGCCGGUGGAUCACCGUCCAGCUCUGAGGGCAGACCCAGACUCAAGAUGUCGUGGAAUGGGAGUGAGCAGCUGGAGCGGGCGAUGGAGGAGGUGUUGGAUGAUGUUGCUGAUGGAGCAGGAGCUGAACAGGAGAAGGGAUGCACUCAGAUCAGACCGCCCAGUCUGGACACAGCUCCACACGAAUCCUCAGCAGCACUGCUCGAGAGUCCGACUGUCCCAGAGGAAGAGAGUGUUCAAUUCAGUAAACUGUCCUAUCUGGGCUGCACCUGGGUGAAGGCUCCACGCAGUGAGACGGAGGCCCAGAAAGCCAUGGCUACCUUGAGGGCGGAGAGUGCCAUUCCCAUUCCCGUCAUCCUCCAUGUGCCCAACGGCUCCGACGGUUGUGUCCGGAUCGUGGACCAGGCCAGCGGAACAGAAAUAGCGUCUUUUCCCAUCUAUAAGGUGUUGUUUUGCGCACGAGGAUGCGAGGGAUCUGUUGAGAGUGACUGCUUUUCUUUCACUGAGAGCUACCGCAGCUCUGAGGACUUUCAGAUUCACGUCUUUUCCUGCCAUAUCAAAGAGGCGGUUAGUCGCAUCCUCUAUAGCUUCUCGACGGCCUUCAAGCGUUCGGCAAAAGCUGCCACAGAGAUGCAAGACUCGCCGUUGCCACUUUCCCCUGACAGCGACGUUUUCACUUUUAGUGUUUCUCUAGAAGUGAGAGAAGAUGAUGGGAAAGGAAACUUCAGUCCAGUUCCCAAAGACAGAGAUAAAUAUUACUUCAAGCUGCGGCAGGGCGUACAGAAGAAAGUGUCUGUGGUUGUCCAGCAGCUAAACAAUAAGGAGCUGGUCAUAGAGCGGUGCUUCGGGAUGCUGCUCAGUCCUGGUCAGAAAGUGCGCAACAGUGACAUGCAUCUUCUCGAUAUGGAGUCUAUGGGUAAAAAUGCAGAUGGGAAGGCUUAUGUGAUCACAGGCAUCUGGAAUCCAAACACCCCUGCUUUCCAGCCACUGAACGAGGACACGCCGAAAGAUAAGCAGGUCUACAUGACGGUGGCUGUGGAUCUGGUGGUGACCGAGGUCGUUGAACCGGUUCGGUUCCUCAUGGAGGCUCUAGUGCGGGUCUAUCCAGCCAAUGAGAGGUUCUGGUAUUUCAGCAGGAAGGCCUUCUGUGAAACCUUUUACCUCAAGCUCAAACAGGGCUCAGUGAAGGGCAGUCAGGACGAUAUGAUGUAUGAAGUGGUGAGUCUGGAGAAGCACUCAGAGUGUGGGUCUCAAGCUCGUGGCCGUCUGCAGUCCCCCACUGAGGAAGAGGAGCCAGAGGAAGAUAGCGACAGUGAGAUCUCAAGUGGGACAGGCGAUGUGUCAAAGGACUGUCCCGAGAAGAUUCUGGAGUCCUGGGGAGGAAUCCUCAACAGAUGGCAGGGAAACCUGUUGACGCGACCCAAGGGUCUGUCUGCUCUGGUGAAGCCUGGGAUCCCGGAGGCCUUACGAGCUGAAGUCUGGCAGCUCCUGUCUGGCUGCCACAACGAUCAGGCCCUGCUAGAGCAAUACCGCAUCCUCAUCACCAAGGAAUCUGCCCAGGAAGCCGUGAUCACCAGAGACAUCCAUCGCACCUUCCCUGCUCACGAUUACUUCAAAGACUCAGGCGGCGAUGGCCAAGACUCUCUAUACAAGAUCUGCAAGGCUUACUCUGUGUAUGAUGAGGAAAUUGGUUAUUGCCAAGGGCAAUCAUUUUUGGCGGCUGUAUUACUGUUACAUAUGCCUGAGGAACAAGCAUUCUGUGUGCUGGUGAAGAUCAUGUUCAACUAUGGUCUCAGAGAGCUUUACAGAAACAACUUUGAAGAUCUUCAUUGCAAGUUCUACCAGCUGGAGCGCCUGCUACAGGAGCUGCUGCCGGACCUGUGGUCUCACUUCCAGGAGCUGAACUUGGAGGCUCACAUGUACGCAUCCCAGUGGUUCCUAACACUGUUUACCGCCAAGUUCCCUCUCUGCAUGGUCUUCCAUAUCACCGACCUGCUCCUGUGCGAGGGAUUGAACAUCAUCUUCAAUGUGGCGCUGGCUCUCCUUAAGACCUCCAAGGAAGACCUGCUGCAGGCUGAUUUCGAGGGUGCGCUGAAAUUUUUCCGGGUCCAACUCCCGAAACGCUACAGGGCAGCAGAAAACGCUCGACGCCUUAUGGAGCAAGCCUGCAAUAUCAAGGUGCCAACAAAGAAGCUAAAGAAGUUUGAGAAGGAGUAUCAGUCCCUGAGAGAGAGUCAGCUGCAGCAGGAAGACCCUAUAGACAGAUAUCAGAGAGAAAACCGGCGUCUGCAGGAGGCUAGCAUGCGUCUGGAGCAGGAGAACGAUGAUCUGGCUCAUGAGCUGGUCACCAGCAAGAUAGCGCUCAGAAAUGACCUCGACCAGGCCGAGGAUAAAGCUGAUGUGCUAAAUAAAGAGCUGCUGAACACUAAACAGCGUCUGGUGGAGACUGAGGAGGAGAAGAGGAGACAGGAAGAGGAGACGGCACAGUUGAAGGAAGUGUUCAGAAGGGAGCUGGAGAAAGCAGAGCAGGAGAUCAAGAAGACCACAGCCAUCAUAGCUGAAUAUAAACAGAUAUGUUCCCAGUUGAGCACGCGGCUAGAGAAACAGCAGGCUUCCACAAAAGAGGAACUGGACAUUGUGAAGGCUAAAGUGAUGGCAUGUGAGCGCUGCAGGGAAGUGUUUAGUAAAGAUGGACCACUGCAGAUCCCGCCGGUCAGUCAGGACAACCGGGACACAGACCUGGACGAGGAGAAAGACUCGCUCAAAGCCCAACUCCGAGAGCUGGAACUGGAGCUGGCGCAAACCAAACUGCAGCUUGUGGAGGCCAAGUGCAAGAUCCAGGAGCUGGAGCAUCAGCGGGGCGUAUUGAUGACGGAGGUCCAAGCUGCCAAAAACUCAUGGUUCAGUAAAACGCUGGGCUCCCUCAAGAACUCAGCCAGUAACCAGUCACCCUCCUCACCCAAAGAGGGCCCGUAGGACUCGCCAAGUGCUUAACCAAAGGGUGGAGGAGUGUGACUUUCAGAGCGUUAACGAACACUACUAGAAACACAACAACAGCAGUGCAGUAUUCCCUCAUAUGGACUAAUGAACCAACCUCUCAUCCACAUGCACUUAAUGGUCUGUUAUUAUUUCCUGAGCUUGCGACGCCACCUUGUGGAUAGUAGCAGUACUAUGAUGAAAAUGAUCAAGUUACAAUUUUCUUUACUUUGUUUGUAAACACUCUAGCAUGCAAGCAUUACAUCACAAAGGGUCUACAUUUAGUUUUUUGUUUGUUUUUGGAGGGAAUACUGCAUUCUGCUAACACAAAUCGUUUCGUUUUUCUAUUUAGAAACAAUAAAUGUAAGCGGUUUGUCAUAUAAAUGUGUAUAACUAAAUGUCGAUUUUUUUAUUUUAAUCUUGUACAGUUCCGAAAGAGAAGCGUCGCGUAUUAUUUUUUACGAUUUUUGGAAUAUGAAUGUCCUCUUUAUAAAUGUCGAGUACUGAAAAAGCACACGAGCAAAUGAACCAUGCGUUGAAGAAGCCAGGCAUUCCCUAUCCGUCCGUUUUCCAUUGUUGUGUUGAUCAGCAAACGUUGACGUUGUGGCCACACAAUAUCGACCUGCCAAUCACUUAUAGUGCCCGUUUUAUGUUGUUAAACAGGUGACAGGUGGUAAAAAUCACAAGCAUCUUUUCAGGAGGAACACAAACCAGGUCUCCAGAUGAAGUCAAAAGCCAUACGGAGUCAGGAAGUACAUUUUGUUUCUAUCUUUUUGUAAGGAUGUCCUCAUUAAAGGGAUAGUUCAUCCAAAAGUGAACGCUUUCUGUUAAUGCACUCUCCUUUAAGUCAUCAAUAAUGUGGCUCACUUUUUUUUUCAAUAGCGCAUUUAAGAGGUUUAUGAAUUUUCAUAAUUCAUAAAGUUAUCGACUACUGACAUUUUUAGAGUCAAAAAUCACACACAGGCGAAAUUCUUGCUUGCUGAAGCGGUGGAUUAAAGGUAAUAAUGUUGUAAAUAUGUUCCGUUUCCUGCACAGAUACAAUUGUUUAAAUUCAUUUAAUCUUCAGGAGCCAUUUUUUUUUCAUUUUUUGCUUGUAUAUGUUGCUUUUUGGACUCUCAAAGUAUAUUUUAUAAAUCACCAAGGACCACAGAUUCUGCUUGAACUCUACAAUAAUGUUUAUCUGAAUAAAUAAAUAUAUUUAUUAGAUGGCCUGAGGGUGAGGAAAUAAACAAAGCGUUUCUUUUUGUCUUUUUGGGUGAACUGUCCAUUAAAGCAAUGUACCUGUAUCUGUGUAUUUUCACUAAGCAGAGUGAAAUAAUCUGCAUGUCUCUUAGUCACACUAACAAGUUGCCAUAUUGUAAACAAGCUUUAUUUACAAAAAAAUAAUUAUUGUCGCCUAUUUUGUAUUUUUAUUUCGUUCAAACUGUGAUUUAAAGAUGCCAAACUGAUUACACAAAUUAAGAAAGAGAUGUCAUAUUAUUAUUAGCUAAUAGUGCUGUCCUGUGGGUUUCUACUGAUGGUUACAGGUUUUUAUAUAUCACAGUGUAUAUCGCAGUCUACGGGACAGGAGUCAUUGCUUCUGUGCGUCUGGUUUAAUGUUCAUUCAUUCGUCAUUUCCCCAGUUUCAGCCUGCUGAUGUCGUCUGUCUAGUAACUAUCUGACAGUAAAUAUCUGCUUCUUGGUCUCAUGUUUGACAACAAGUCUGCUUUAUUUAAUUCACGCCUUUCGUUGUUUCAAUAAACAGUAACAUAAAUUCUGC